AUGUCGACUGAGGAACCCUCAAAGUGCUGCGUCUGCGGCGCGCCGACCACAAAGCGUUGCCAGGCGUGCGCAAAGAGCGGGAUCGACCUCUUCUUCUGCUCGCCGGAACACCAGAAGCUUGUCUGGAAGCACCACAAGCAGGUCUGCGGGCCGAACGCUCACCCUUUCGCUCCUCCGCCUCUCACCGAGGAAGAGCUUCAAGGCUUGCUCCGCUAUGCACGAACCGAGCGUCCUAUGCCAAUGGCCGCUUUCCCUCCGGAGAUCCUGCGAAUCUCUCAGCAAGUCGGCUCAACGACUGCAACCGGCCUGACAACAAUUGCAGAGACCUUGGAGCAGUGGGCGCGAAUGCCUGCAGGCUCGUUCGAACAGAGAAUAGUCCCUCUGCUUCGCAAUCCCGCCUCUGUCACCGACCACGACUCCCGCUACUUGCUCCUCACGAAGGCGCGCAGUUCGCUGCUGCUCCACCUCGAAAAUUUCGCCGGCUCAUCGACUGGUGACAUCUAUCAGCAUACGAUUUGGUCACAAAUCGCUCGCCUCGCAACCUGGGCUGGCCAGCGUAAGCCCUUGAUCAGCACCGAAGCCGACAUGCGCCGCGUCAGCCGCAUCAAUCAUCAGUUGCUCGUCCUGAUAACGAUUUCCCGAGCCCAGCGAGCCAAUGAGUCGAGCAUUCCCGACGCCUGGAUCUGUCGCGAAUUCGAACAGCUUGUCGACAUGCUUGCGGAGGUCAGGUCGUUCACCUCGCACGCCGAUCUCAACUUCGUGACGCACUUCUUCAUCAGCCGUAUCUCGACCUUAACCAGGCGUCCGUACCGCAUGGUUCCUUGCCCGGGCGGCUGCGGAUUCACGCUUCGUUACGCCGACUGA